CAACUUACGUACCUCAUAUUGAUUGAUUCCCCUUAAUACUCCAACAACACCCUCUUCUCGCGUUGUCUCCAAAGCACGCCAAAUUACCCACACGCAAACGACAACAACCGCGCGCGUUUCACACCUCCAUAACUCGGAGUAGCAUACGCAGCGUCGUUGACUCCCAACUCGUAACUUGGCCUCGCGCGCCGAUGGCGUCGGUCCCCAGCACCGUCGCUCCCCGCACCUUCCUGCCGUCGAUUCCCAAGCCGAGAGCUCCUCUUCACGCCGCGAAAUCCGUCGCCAGCGCCGCGCGCAACUUCCCGAGACUUUCGCACAACCUCAUUCUCUCCGGAAACAAACGCGCGGUGGCGGUGAACUCGGCGUCGGAGGAGUUCGACGUGAUAUCGGUGCAGAGCGAGGACAUUACCGACCAGCAGGAGGGCGUGGUGGUGAGCCGCGUCGAGAUGGAAGGUGGAGACGGCGAAUUGGCGACGCAGGUGAGCGGAUUCGGCGCGAACGAGGGUUUGCUGUCGUUGGAAGGGUUUUCUUCUUCGUCUUCGUCUCUGAUCGGGAGUGAGAGCGUGGACAUGGAGAAGCUAAUUGAUAGAACUAUCAAUGCUACGAUUGUGCUCGCAGCUGGCACUUUCGCCGUCACCAAACUUCUCACCAUUGAUAGUGAUUACUGGCACGGAUGGACGCUAUAUGAGAUACUAAGAUAUGCACCUCAGCAUAACUGGUCUGCUUACGAGGAAGCUCUUAAGACAAAUCCUGUUCUUGCCAAGAUGAUGAUUAGUGGGAUUGUUUACUCCUUAGGGGACUGGAUUGCGCAGUGCGUUGAAGGAAAACCUCUGUUUGAGUUUGACCGUGCGCGGAUGUUCAGAUCAGGGCUUGUUGGUUUUACUCUUCAUGGUUCUCUUUCUCAUUUCUAUUAUCAGUUUUGCGAGGAGCUAUUUCCUUACAAAGAAUGGUGGGUAGUUCCUGCCAAAGUUGCCUUCGAUCAAACUGCAUGGUCUGCACUUUGGAACAGCAUAUAUUAUACUGUUGUUGCAUUACUGCGUCUUGAUCCUCCUAUGAGUAUUUUAAAUGAAUUGAAGGCAACGUUUUUCCCCAUGUUGACGGCCGGAUGGAAGCUAUGGCCAUUUGCCCAUCUCAUUACUUAUGGUGUGAUACCGGUUGAACAAAGACUCCUCUGGGUGGAUACCAUUGAGCUUAUUUGGGUGACCAUACUUUCCACAUUUUCAAAUGAAAAAUCAGAAGCAAGAAACUCUCAGUCUAUGGUGCCUUCAGAGGUGAAAUCCACCACAUAUGUUCAUCCUCCUGAGGAGUAACGAGUGGAGAUAUGACCAGAAGCAGUGGGAGAAAAAUGACUUUGCCAAAUCAAAUUUUGUCCUUGAUAUGGACAUAGAUUUUUGAUGCGGAAUGUGAAAAAGCUAAUUAUAUAUACGUUGCAUCCCGCGGAAAUUCAUGUAUGUUAGGUAACAUCAACUUUCCAGUAAACAGUACACAUAAUGUAAUUAAAUUUAAUGAGUAAAUAAUUUAUGUCCAAACUUGCCUUCCAAUAA